CUUUUAAUGAAAUACUGAUAGUACAUAACUGUACUUGGUGAAUACAUACAGUUUAGUAUCUACUAACAAAAAUGGAGAUACCAGUUACGUAUUGUUUGUGUGGUCGUUCUUAUGAUGCCGAACAAUUUAUGAUACAAUGCGAUAUUUGCAAGGAAUGGUACCACGGCGGGUGUGUAACUCUAAAAGAGUACAUGUCAAUAGACCUUGAUAAAUAUCAUUGUCCUAAAUGCGAAACGAUAUGUGGUCCGUCUAUCAUGAAAACUAGAUUGAAUUGGCACAGACACGAUUAUACCGAAGUAGAUGCAGAUUCUAAACCUGUUCAAACUGGAACUCCAGUAUUCAUUAGAGAAUUGAAAUCCAGACAUUUUCCUAAAGCUGAUGAUAUAGUUAAACAUGUCAGGGGACAACAAUUAACGUUGCAGUAUCUACAAACUAAUGGAUUUGAGACACCUAUCAUUAUCGACGGCAAAGAUGGUCUUGAUAUGAGCGUACCUCCUCCGAACUUUAGCGUUUAUGACGUUGAAAGUUAUAUAGGUGGAGAUCGUGAAAUGGAUGUGAUAGAUGUUACAAGACAAAGUAACAUUCGAAUGAAAUUACGAGACUUCGUAGAAUAUUACAAUUCCCCUUGUCGGACAAGGGUUUUUAAUGUGAUAAGUCUCGAAUUUACAAAUACUGGUCUUUCACCAAUGGUCGAAGCACCAUACAUCGCGCGCAAACUUGACUGGGUAAACUCUGUUUGGCCACGCGAUUGGCCCGAGGAAAGCGAUAUAAAGCGUCCUGAAGUACAAAAAUAUUGCCUAAUGGGAGUCAAAGACAGUUUCACAGAUUUUCAUAUAGAUUUUGGUGGGACUUCCGUGUGGUAUCAUGUAUUAAGGGGGGAAAAAGUGUUUUACCUUAUAAAACCGACACCAGCAAAUUUACAAUUAUAUCAGCACUGGAUGUGCAGUUCAACACAGAGUGAAACUUUCUUUGGAGACCAGGCUGAUGCAUGUUACAAAUGCGUUAUUAAACAGGGCCAGACUAUGAUGAUACCAACUGGUUGGAUACACGCUGUCUUAACUCCAGUUGAUUCUUUGGUUUUCGGUGGAAAUUUUGUACACAGUCUCAAUAUUCCUAUGCAGAUACAGAUAUAUGAGUUGGAAAGAAAGAUGAAAACUCCUACCAAAUUUCAAUAUCCUGGCUUUGAAACGGUUAAUUGGUUUGCUGCAAAGAAAUUGCUCAAAGAACUGAAGGAAUUAAAUAACGAAGAAAAGAAAUGUCCGCCAUAUUUUUUACAAGGUGUUAGAGCAUUAUUAAGUAUUUUAAAACAAUGGAACACUGAUAAAGACUACAAUAUGGUCAGCAGAAGUCAAAUACCGGAUACGAUAAAUAGUCAAAAAUUAUUGAAAGACUUUAGCAAAGAAAUACGACAUGCGGAGAGAUAUUUAAUGUCAUUAAAUCCUCCUAAACCGGAACGUGAAAGUAAACGAAAGAAAAAGAAGCCGUUGAAUAAAGAUUUCGUAGAUUACGAUGUUGCAGAUAAAAUGGCAGAAAAUCCUUUUAAAGCGACGUUAAAGGAAACGAAUAAAGUUGGGACUUUAAUUAACGAUAAUAUGUCGACUAAUCGACCGCCAUUAAAAUUAACUUUAUCGAAACCCGUAAUGUACCCUUACGUUAAAAAUACUUCAAUGGAAGAGAAACAUGUUAAUAAUUCUACACAGAAACGUACAGCCAAGCCAGGAAAACAAAGUCCAACUGUAAUCAGAUUUAAAUUAGGAAACAACGAAGUUGUUAGAAGUACAAACGAUAAUAUCAACUUACAAAAUAAUUUUCCGUCGAAUCAUACUACUGUAGUAACGAAAGAACUUGCUUGGAAUCGAACAUCCGUAUAUGAUUUUCAUGACGGUAGCAAUGAAAGUGAUUAUGGUAGAUUUACUAUAGACGAGUCUCCGAAAAGAAGAAGAAAUUCUAAAAGCAACACGCAGAAACGAUUUAAGAGAGAUUACGAUGGCGAUGUCGACGUUUUGAAUGAUAUGCCAAAAAAUGGUAUUGAGGAAUUAUUAAAAGCAUCCGCGUAUACAUUGGGAAAUGCUCCUCAAAGAUUAGACAUUACACCAUCCACGAUUCCGCAGUACAGUCAACCUGUGCCACCACCUCCUACAGGUAUUUAUAAAUUGAAAACGGCUAGUUCUGACAGGGCAUCACCAUCGACUCGUGAAGCCAUUGCCGGGAUGUUAUCAUUCAGCGAGCAGUGUUACUCGACAACGUCGACUAACUCCACGAAAUCAACAAAAACGGAAAAGACACAACGUAACAACGACAAUGACGAUGACGAUCAAUUAAUAGAAAAUAUUGAUAAAGUUCAUCAAGAUGAUGAUUUCAUUUAUCCGGCUUUGGAUGCUUCUGACGACGAAGAUUAUAUUUUCAAGCCAAAAGCAAAAAGUCAGAUAGAUGAAGCAUGGAAUCCGAAAGCCAGAGUCGGACCACUCUUGCCGAAGACAAAUCGACCGGCAAGAGAAGGAGUCAGGAAGACUUCUGUCGAAAAGGGAUUGGAAGCAGCAGCUGCAAAAAGGGCAAAACAAGCGGGUGAAUAUCUGGAUAACGACAUGGACAAGAUUACGAAGAAGAAAUUGAAUACAACGAAGAGGACGUAUAAUAAGAAAAAACAAAAGGACACGUCUGUAACGUCUGGGCCAACUCCAAUUGUAUCUACAGAAAACAUUGUGAAAACUAGCACUGCAUAUGGAUCAAUAUUGACAAGUCCAAAUAGGCUGAAAGAUGUUAAGGCUAAGUUAGCUGCACCAGUUCCAAUUGAACGUAAACCUAGAAAGGGAAUGAAAACGGCUAAACAACGUUUGGGAAAAAUUUUAAAACUUCAUAAAAUGAUGCAUUAGAGAGAACAAAUUCUGACAUUGAUAAUUAUACAUCACAUCAUUCUUUCAUUGAUAGAUUAAACACGUAGUAGAUGUAAAGUGCUAAUAUAAAUUGUAAAUAUAUAUCGGAUAAUUCGAAAAGGUGAUACACCUUAUAUUUAUUAUUGUAUCGUUUAAUAGUUAUUUUCUUGUCAGUUUCUUAAAUUCAUUUAACGUUUUAUCAUUUUUUUUUUCUUCUUUUUUUUUCCCCAGAAAUGAUCGAACCGUUUUUAAUAUUCGUAUUACAUUUAAUAUUCGUA